CAAAUCUGUUCAAUUACUCGCUCUAUCGUAUAUAAAAGUGAAAAUUUUCAUUCAUAAUUAAUCAUAUUUCUUUUCUUGUAGAUCAUUUAAAUUGAGUUAGCAAUGCCAAAUUUACAAAAUACAUUGUUGCGUAUAAAAUUGUCGUAUUUUAUCAAUAACAGAUGAUGUAGUUCUAAUUUUCUGGAUGGAUAGAAUAUAACCUCUCUUUUAUCAAGAAAGAUUUUUAUAAGCAAGGUUAUGUAAAUUUAAACAUUUUAAAACAUGAUUGAAAUUACUGCAAAACUUGUCAGAGGAUCUGUAUAUUUUUCUGGAGAAGUCAUUGAAUGUUUUGUUACAUUUAGUAAUCCUCCAAAUCCAAUUCAUCAAAUAUCUCAGAGCCACAGUGAUAUUUUUGAAAGUCUUGCUUGGGCCAGUGCUCAAAUUCAUUGUCAAUGUUCUAUGAACAGUAAAGUGGUACUUUCAGAUAAGUUAAAUACUACUGCUAGAUUGGCGGCAAUAAAUGCAAAUACAACUUUUGUACCAUGGCAACAAGACAAUGGUCAUGCUAUAUUAAAUACAAAGCCAAAAAUUUUGUUCUGUGAUCUAAGAUUAUCGCCUGGUGAAAGUAAGACAUAUAUUUAUAGAGAAACAAUUCCAAGCGAUGCUCCUCCUUCGUAUAGAGGCCAGGCAGUAAAAUAUUCUUACAAAAUUACAAUUGGAACUCAAAGAGUAAACACAGUUAUCAAACUACUGCGUGUACCCUUUAGAGUAUUAUCUUUGAGUGAAUUACCGGAAAUAACGACUUGCAACGAUAGCGUCGAUUUAAGUCCUAAUAAUCCUUUUAUGGAAACACAGCAUAGAGAAACCCCACUAGACAUAGCACUUCAAACUCUUCAGAAUUUAACUGCAAGAAGAAGUCCCAAUUUUUAUAAUAUAACCAAUGGACGUGGACGUGUAGUUAGAUUUUGUCUCUUUAAAAAUUCUUAUAAAUUAGGAGAGGAUAUAGUUGGUACUUUCGAUUUUUCAAACGCUACUGUAUCAUGUGUACAAGUCUCCGUUGCUUUACAAUCGGAGGAACAUGUUGCGGAGGAAUACAGACGAGGAAAAUCGACAAUACCAACUUUAGUUAGUUAUAACAAACAUCAUGAAAUGUGUUUAGGUUUGAAAUACUCUCAUUUGGUAUUACCUAUACCAUUACACGUAACACCAGAUUUUACGACAGAACUGGUAACGUUAAGGUGGAGAUUACAUUUUGAAUUCGUAACUACUUCGAAAUUAGUUGAAAUGCCUUAUGAACACACGGUCAGUUGGCACGGUCCUUCGACUUUGGAUGUUGAAACGAUGAUUUGGGAUUUACCUCUUCAUAUACACCCUACAACGGUUCCGCCAAAUACGGCUCAACAAACAAGAUAUAAUAUUGUCAUUUAGUUGUCAAAACUUUGACGGUGGUUACGUUAUCGUGGUCUCUUUGAAAGAAACAGAAGAUUUUUUACGAUAAAAGAAUAUUGAUAUUAUAAUUUAUUUCGCACGUAGGUUUAUAAGUGUACACACACACACACACGUGUGUGUAUAUAUAAUAUUAAUAAUAGUAAUAAUAAUAAUAAAAGUACUGUGGUAAUAAAAGAAA